AUGGCGCGUCAAAGUAUUAAUGCAGAUUCCGAGAAAAUGCAUAAUUUGUUGGACAAUAAAAGUAUAGACUUAGACAAUUGUAGAAAAUUGAUUAAAUCGUAUAUUGAUCUGCAUUUGUACAGUGCUGCUUUAUUUUGGGCAGAUAAAGUUGUUUCAUUAAGUAAUGAAGAUCCCAAAGACAUAUGUACUUUGGCACACUGCAUGUAUCUGAUGAAACAAUAUCAUAGAGCUGCCCAUCUCAUCAGAAGUCGUGGAUUGGAGAAGGCAGAUGUAAUGUGUCACUAUUUGACAGUAAGGAGUCUUCUGGAAGCAAAAGAAUACAAUGAAGCACUGCAAGUAAUUAGUGAAUCUGAAAUAUGUACAAAUAUAACCCAGUCAGGUAUCAGUUUUGCAGAUCGUACAGACAUACUGGAAAAUGCUCCAAAAAAUGUACAAAGUUCAAUAUUGUAUGUGAAAGGACGAGUGUAUGAAGCUAUGGAUAAUAGAGCAGUAGCAACUGAUUGUUAUAAGCAGGCAUUACAUUGUGAUGUUUACUCUUACCAAGCGUUUGAGGCCUUAGUUCAGAAUCAAAUGCUUCCUGCUUCUGAAGAGAAAGAACUUUUGGAAUCUCUUCCAUUUAGUGAACAGUGCACAGAAGCUGAAACAGAACUUUUACGUUUACUAUACGAGAGUAAACUGAAGAAGUAUCAGGAACCAAAUAAAAAGCAGACACUUGCAACAUGUAGUGUGAUGGGAGUUCUUGUCAGUGACAGAUUAUUAGGUAACUUGGACAUGGAAGUGUCAGAAGCAGAGAGAUUGUACUAUAAUUGCGAUUAUCAUAAAUGUUUCUCACUCACAGAAAGAAUAUUAAAAAAAGAUCCGUACCACAAUACAUGUUUACCAGUACACAUUGCUUGUCUAGUUGAAUUAAAGAAAACUAAUGCUUUGUUUUAUUUGGCACAUAAAUUGGUUGACUUGUACCCAGACAUGGCCUUAGCAUGGUUUGCAGUUGGAUGUUACUAUUACAGUAUAGGUAAAUUCUUUGAUCCGGCAAGGAGAUAUUUAGCAAAAGCUACAGCAUUAGACAGACUGUUUGGUCCUGCAUGGUUAGCCUAUGGACAUUCUUUUGCAGUAGAAAAUGAACAUGAUCAAGCAAUGGCUGCUUACUUUAAAGCUUCUCAAUUAAUGAAAGGUUGUCAUCUGCCACUUUUAUACAUUGGACUUGAGUGUGGCUUAACGAAUAAUCUUAAAUUGGCUGACAAGUUUUUCCAACAGGCUCAGGGAAUAGCCCCAAACGACCCGUUUGUCAUACACGAAAUGGGGGUCAUAUCGUUUUACAAUUUAGAUUACAAAACUGCGGAACGGCAAUUUAAGGAAGCCAUGAAAAGAAUUCAAGGCGGUCUAAAGGAUGUUAUCCUACCUAGUAAAUGGGAGGCACUGCUAAAUAACUUGGGUCAUACAUGUAGGAAGAUGAAGAAGUACGAAGAAGCCUUGGAAUAUCACCAACAGGCAUUAGUGUUGAAUCCAUUAAAUCCAUCAACGUAUUCAGCGGUAGGUUUCAUUCAUGCAUUAAUGGGAAAUACUCAGGAAGCUGUUGAUGCUUUUCAUCGGGCACUUGGUCUUAGAAGGGACGACACGUUUACAACAACCAUGUUAACUUAUGUGAUGGAACAACUUAUAGAGGAAUCACCUCCGUAUCCUGGUAUGAAAUAA